AUGGUUGGAACCACAGCUGCUGCCAAUGCAGCAAAGCAAGCCGCCGCAAAGAUGCACCGUCGGUCACGAACAGGGUGCUUUACAUGCCGUCUGCGACGGAAGAAGUGCGACGAGGGUAAGAACUCGUGUCGUGCCUGCAAACACCUUGGUCUCAAGUGCGAAUACAAGAGGCCAGUGUGGUGGAGCAACAGCGAGCAGAGGAAGAACCAGAAGGAGGUCAUCAAGAACAUCAUCAAGCUCACAAAGUUGAACGAGAAGACAACGCAAGGAGUCGCAACGAGCACCCACACGCCACCAAGCCUCUGCCACUCCAUGCAGACAGCGGACUACUCUGACGGCAUUGCUUGCACUCGCGCGCAAUCAGUCGACUCGCAGAACUCAUUGGACUACAACUUCAACACGGUGACACCGCCUGACUACUACAACGCGGCGAUGCCACCGCCAAUUUUCGCCCCAGUCUACCAGCAUCCUGGUCAGUUUGCGCCUUACGAGAUUGACAUCAAGACCGAGAGCCAGAUGUUCAUCAAUGACAUUCCCACUCGCCGGGAUUCCACCUUCUCCACCUUCAGCCACUACCAGACCCCGCCAGCCGUCGGUCAAGGGUACCCCACGGACAGCUGGAUCCAGCAGGACUACUUCGAGAGCCACCGCGAGGCCUUCACCGAGGAGCCUCUCGACUUCAACGCGUUCGACUUUCCCAGCCACGGUGCUUUCAGCCCUUCGCAUCAGCCCAUGGUUCAAGUGGACGAGUGCGACCAGCACCUUCUCGCUCACUUUGUCGACAACGUCAUGCACAUGGUCUACCCAGUGCUCGAGGCUAACCAGCCUGGAUCCGCCCGCGACAAAGUCAUCCUGCCAGCGCUCGAGUCUAACAAGGCCUACCUGCACGCCUGCCUGAGCGUCUCCGCGCUCCACAUGAAGACCACACAGGGGCUUCAGGGAGAGCAGAUCGACAACGACAUCUACAGGAACCGGUUCGCCGCUGUUCAGCAGCUCACAGACUCUCUGAUGAGCGACCGCGACCACGCCGAGACGCUGGAGGCUACCCUCGGAAUGGUCUUCUUCCCUUGCUCAGUCGGUCGAUUCGACGAUGCACUGGUUGACAUUCCCUGGCACCAGCACUUCCAGGCCGUGCAGAGCCUUGUCCACAAGCUUGAGCUGCCCAACCAGCUUGUCGCCAUGAGCGGACAGCAGCAGGCACAGCCCCCCUUCAACAUGACGCUCGCGUCCUGGAUCGACAUCCUCGGCGCCACCAUGUUGGGCAGGACACCGUCCUUUGCCGACACGUACCGCGAGAAGCUCAUCGCCGACGCGCCCUCGGGCCUCGCCGAGCUCAUGGGCUGCGAGGACCGCAUCAUGUACCUGAUCUCGGAGAUUGCCUGCCUCGACGCCCUGAAGCAGGAGGGCAUGGACGACGUUCAGCUCUGCCAGCACAUCCAGCUUCUCGGCGAGCAGAUCAGCCUCACCGAGCCACCGGUCGGCUCGAAUAACAGCGCCCUCUCGUCCACGGGCGAGAUUCUCCCCAAGCAGCUCCGCAGGAACAUGACGGCCGUCUACCGGCUGGCCGCCCGCAUCUACCUGUGCAGCCUGGUGCCGGACUUUGACCGCACGCAGCCCAUCAACGCCAACCUCGUCAGCGCGCUCAGCAAGGCCAUGGACUACAUCCCCGCUGGCGCCGAGGGCUUCGACCGCUCCCUCGUGUGGCCGCUGCUCGUCGCCGGCACAGUCUCCCUCCCCAACUCGUCCUUCCGCAAGAUGUUCUCCGAGCGCACGACGCGCCUCGGCGACGCGUCCAACGCGGGCUCCUUCGGCAGGAUGAAGGCGCUCCUGAGCGAGGUGUGGGCAGUCAACGACUACAACCUCUCCAAGGGCGUCAAGCAGAGCGUCCACUGGCGGGACACGAUGCAGCAGAAGGGCUGGGAUUUCCUGCUCAUCUAA